CAUGUCUGCUAGGCCUGGAGUAGAGUAAGGAAAUCUUAGCUGUCAUGUGGGCGUUAUCAACACAUUUUGCGUUGGUGUCUCAUUUUCGUUUGUUCCUAGCAUUUGGCUUUCUAAAGACUGUUUUCUGAUGAGGAAUACGAUAGCAUGCCCGGCACUAGGACAAGGUCUGGGCCUAUCACUACAACUACUGCAGCUUCAAGUUCAAGAAAGGCAUUCCGAGAUGAUCAGUUUCUAAAUCUCAAAAUUAAAAACAACUGUUUUGUUUGGAGAAAUUUGGAUGAUUCAGCAGGCUAUUUUUACCAGUACCACAAACCAUUUGUGUUUAAAGUGAAAGCUUUUCCCAGAGGCAGAGAUAAAACCAGCUCUAGAAAAAUGAUUCUUCCGAUGAUAUUGGAGGCUGUGGUGGAGUAUGAGUACAAGGCAGAGCAAGAGGACGAGCUCAACCUGAAGGUUGGAGAUGUCAUCAGCAAUGUGCAGACAGCUGAGGGGGGCUGGUGGGAAGGGGAGCUCAAUGGCAAGAAGGGCAUGUUCCCCGAAAACUUUGUAAAGCUUGUGAAGCGAAGAGAAUCACCCCCUUCGAAAAAAGAAGAGAAACAAAUAGCAACUCAGCGCAAAUCUGUGAGAGAACUGGCGAAUAAAUUUAAAGAUGGCGUCCCAAUGGGGGCUCCACCCAAGAAAAAAGAGAAAAAGAAAAAGUGCAAAGUGUUGUUUGAGUACAAGAGAGAAAAUGACGAUGAACUGGAUCUGAAUGUGGGCGACUUUGUGGAGUUUCACAAACAGGUGGAAGAAGGAUGGUGGGAAGGCAGCAUUAAUGGGAAGCACGGCGUCUUCCCCUCCAACUUUGUGGAGAUGGUCGAAGAGUCAGGGUCCUCGGAGGAGACCAUUCCGUCUGCCCAGGCCCAGGCUCCGGCCCCGGUUGCGCCCCCUGCGGUACCUGCGGAGGAGAAAGAUAAGCCCAACGCCGCUGAAAAAGAAGAGUUCCAAGCCAUCAGAGGGAAAAAGGUUGUGGGCGUUGGCCUGGGCAACAUAUUUGGAAGUGGCCCCAUCAAAUUACGGUCUACUGCAGAUGGCAAAAUGAAGGAGGAGCCCGCUCGACCUGCUAAACCCGGUGACACAGACCCAGCCCCAGAGGCGGCCAAACGAGAGAAGGCCAACACAUUGGAGCGUGCAGUGGUGCGGUUUUCAUACAACGCUGAGCAGCCAGAUGAGCUGUCCCUGGAAGAAGGCCAGGUCGUUCGCAUCCUUGAGAAAGAGCUGGAGGAUGACGGCUGGUGGAAGGGAGAGGUCAACGGCAAGGUCGGCGUCUUCCCCGACAACUUUGUGGAGCUCGUUCCCCCGGAGGAGCCGAGCAGACCGAAGAAGCCCCCACCCCCUGCAGCCUCUUCCAAACACGUGUACCCCAAACUGCCCGAGAAGACUUCUGUGGGAGAUGGAGAAGAAAAGUCGAAACCUGAACACAGUGCACCUGCUCUCAGCAAAAAACCUCAAGCCCCGCCCCCCAUCGGCAAGAAGCCCAGUGCCAAGCCCGAGCCCCCCCUCCCCGCCCGGCCCGCAACCUCCUUGAAGGACCACAAGACUUCGGGACCAUCGAAAGACAGCAAAACCCCCAGUGCCCCAGCCUCCAGUCGAGAGAACCACACAGUCGAAUACGGCGAACAGGAAGGACAGUUCGAAGGCAUUGAGCCAUCUGCUCAGAAACUGACGCACCUGACGGCGAACAGAGCCAAGGGACCGAAGAAGCGACCGCCUUCCACGGUUCUUACACUUAACGAAGGGGAGGUGAAGGAGGAAGCGCCCCCUGAACCACCGCGACCGGGCCACUCGCAUCUGGCGGACAAGUCGAGUCUGUCACAGGCAGGGUCGUCAGAGAGGCCACACCCACCUCCCAGCAGCCAUAAAGACAAACAUCCCCACCAUCUGCCUCCAACACCCAGACGAACAAACUGUUAGAACAGCUGCAGAGGGAGCUGCAGGAACUCAAGGCCAACUCGGUGAGCAAGGCUGCCUUCAACGAACUGCGCGCCGAGCACGACCGGCUCAAGCUGGAGUUCGAGAACUUCAAGAACCACCACACCAAGAAGCUUCGCGACGUCAUCCUGGAGGUGGACGAGGAGAAGAAGCUCCGACUAACUACGGAAGUGGAGAUUCAGAGGGUGAAAAAGUGGAUGGCCGAGACGAACGUUUGAAUGGGGGCUAGCUGUGUAGUCGGUGUUAUUUAAAAAGUUUUUUUUUUUGUUUUUUUUGUUGAAUACAGAAAAUGAGUAGGUCUGAGAUGUUCCUGUUAAAAAAAAUGGGUUAUUGUCAGCAUGUUGCGUAUAUGGCUGUUUUAGGAAGCUGCGUUUUCCAUUUUGUGUGUAUGGCUGUUUUAGGAAGCUGCGUUUUUCCAUUGUUUUAGGAAGCUGCGUUUUCCAUUUUGUGUGUAUGGCUGUUUUAGGAAGCUGCGUUUUUCCAUUGUUUUAGGAAGCUGCGUUUUCCAUUUUGUGUGUAUGGCUGUUUUAGGAAGCUGCAUUUACCAAGUUGUGUGAAUAUCAACGCUGUACAAAAAGCUGCUUCUUGUUUUCGUUUGACAAAAAACCAGCCACUUCUCUGUCUCUUUCAGUCAGUUUCUCAUGCGGGGGUCACGUUUGCGUGAGCGUGUGGAAGCUCUGACUGCGUUGUGAUCUAGUAAGUGGUGACUUAAGUUUUUUUUUUUGUUGUUAAAACAUGCUGCUAGGCUUUUGAAAAGUUUUUUGGGGCUUGCCCGAAGGAGGCUUGCUUUGAUAUUGAUUCAGUAGCAAUGUCUUUACUGCUGUGACAAUGUUUCAGUGACUUUAUCUAGGAAGUGCUAGGUUGACUACUUAUAGACAUUUUUAGUUUUGUAAUUUGAAAACAUUUUGUUGGUGCAAUAUGGUGCUUGCUUUGUGCUAUUGUUUAUUAUUUUUCUAAAACAUUUUUUUUUCAACUCUGAGUGUAGACUUGAAAGGAUGUUGUGUGUCUGCCAGGGCUUUUCUUUGUGAUUGUGUAGCUCCCCGUAAGAGAGACUAGUUCUUGGAAUAUAUAUAUUUAUUAUUAAUCUCUUCCUUCCACUUUUCUUUCAAAAGCAUUUCAUCAAAAAUUUUCUCUUUGGUGUGUUUAUGAUGACAUAUUUCUCCUUGUAUAUGUUAUAGUAACAAAUUGGAAAAGAUUUUUGUGUGAGUGCAAGCCCUCUGCGACUGAGAUUUGAUCUGAACCUAACGUCUGGGUAGACGUGGAAUAUGUGUAUAAUUUUGUCUUUUUCUCCCAUGAAUGUCUGCUUUUCUGCAAAAUGUUUCCGCUUUUCCCCUUUCUGUUGAUCCACCGCAGAUCAUAGUCAUUCCAUGGAAGCAAGUCUUGCUUUGCUCAGCUUUACUUUUCGUUUAUUUUCCUCUUGCUGUUUUGGCAAAUGUCUCAGUAUCUCAACUCUGCAUUCCAUGUCUUGGUUUAGAGAGAGAGAAAGUAAGCUGGUAUCGCGAAAGUUAAUUGUGUGAUCUGUUCUUUUUUCAUGGAAAAGGACAGAUGUCAGUUUUCUGGUACAAAUGGACGAUGUUGGUCACAAUUGAGAAAGAUUAAAAAAAAAUUUGUACGUUGUUGUGAAGGGGUAUGACUCAUACUUGACUAUGCUGGGGCUUAACUGUUCAUCGGUCACCUUACGGGCUGGGAUGGAGAGGUUGAAGAAGUCGAGGUCUUGCCUGUAGAGAAACAAUGUACUUUGGUGAUGUAUGCUUCACCCUUUCCCUUCUGAAAUUUUGUUUCUGCAGUCUUUUGUUACUUCUUUUUAUGAAACAAUUCUCUCUCUCUCUCCCCAUCGCUCUCUCUCUUCUGGCGCCAUGGUUUCAUAAGCGGUCAGUGAUACCGACAGCACGCAGGAACUCUACACUUGCUCGGGGGUCCUUAAAAGAGUGCUGAAUGUGGGCCAGUGAAAUGUCCCAGCAGGCGUGUUAUGAAACAAUUAGAGGGGGAGGAUUAUAUAACGUGAAUCAUGUCUGAGCUGGGUGCUUACGAGUCCCCGCCGGUCGAGGUUUUUGCUACACCGCUGAUAUUCUUCUAUAGUGUCAGUUGCCUCGGAUCUACCUCUUUUUUAUGGUCACUGUUUUUCACUUAUUGGCUUAACUUGUGGAGCAACCCUAUGAUUUUCAGGUGAUUUGCGAUCUUAUCAUAAAAUAUCAAGAGGUGUACAGGAUGAAUGUGGCAUCUUUUCUGAAACUCCAACAUCAGUAUUUAUUCAUAUCAUUGAACAGUUUAAUUGCUACAAGGGCAUGGAUGUUUCAGAAUCAUGAACUCAUUCAGAUAAAUUGUCCUUUCCUAUGCAGAAUCAUGAAUUCAUUCAGGCAAAUUUUUUUUUCUAUGUUAUUUGUAAUCUUAUUCAUGCGCUCCACUGGUAAAAAACGAAACUGCCGUAAAUAAUUAGUUUAAUAUCUAUUUUCCUCCUGGCCAUUGCUGUGUGUCGCUAGCUUGGUGUGGCUGUCAUGUUUUUGUUAUUGUGAGACUUCUAUUUCUGUACUUCACAACUGAAAUGGUUGUUAGAAACAGUGGUUGGUAUCAAUCUGCCAUGCUGUGAUGCAGCCCUGUAUUUCUUGAUUAUGCAACUUGCUCUUAACCCUCUUAGUGUUAAGCCAUUUGUACCAUUACUGCCCUUUGGUGCUGGGUUCAUUUGAGAAAAAUGCCAAUUUUCAACAUGGUUAUUAAAAAAAACUAAUAUCUUUCUUAUAUAUAUAAUUUCUAAUUACAGUAAGAAGGAAAAAUGUGUCUUAAAUAAUGAACUCCCCUUAUGUCUGGUCAGAUAUGUUUUUUUAAAUGAUGUUUUUGUUGUUGUUGGUAUAAAAAUCCUCAUCUUUUUUAGUCCAGCCUGUUUUGAGAUCAGCAGGAAUAUCGACGUGGUAGUCUAAUCUGCAGAAUAUCCGGUCAGGAUUUUAUCUUUCAAUCUCUCGAUGGGAUAAUUGUCAGCCAGCUGACAUGCUAGUUUCUUUUAGUGUAAGGAUAGGAAAUGUGUUUGUCGUCUUUCAUUUUGCUUUACAUAAGGUUUGACAGGUUGUGAGAUGUCCUGGUGAAACUGAUUCGCGCACAUAUCCUCUUUCCUUUCCUAUAUGAGAGCACUGUAUGAAGGUUACAAUCAGUUCAUUAUUUUGAAUACACAUUUAUGGGUGCCUGCGGUGUAGCGGUUGGUGCUUUGCUGUUGCACAGAACAGACACGAGUUCGAUUCCCGAGUGGGGGAAGUUUAUUAAGCAUCUCGGUCUUUCUGCCAGGAUGUUGUAUCCUUCUCGGUACGGGUUGGCCCCGACGGGGAGGAUCAAAAGCCCGCCUCCUAAUUGAUCUAAAUUGUGUCGAUAGGGGUGUGAAAACACGUACAGAAAAAAAUGUGGUCAGAAUCUCUCUUUCCACUGAGAGCAUCAGCUGAAUCGAGCUAAUGAUUCACAAUUGUUUUCCAGAUUGUAUUUUGCCAUAAAAUGUCGGUCUUCUAACUUUUCUUUUAAAGCCAUGUAUCUGUCGGCGCCAUCAUGCAAGAUGCCCUUUAUUAUGUUACAGCUGCUUUUUUAUCUGUGCAUGUAUUGUGUGUAGUGAUGUGAAAUGUGGCUGAAUUGUUCUGAAAUUGGGCCUGUUUUCUUUCUGGAAUGGCCUGUUUUCUUUCUGGAAUGUCCUGUUUAUGGUUUUUGAGUUGCUGUACAAAUCACCACAACUACAGCAGCAUUUACCGGUAUCAAGAGAUGUGCAUAUCUACUUUUCCUACUGUUUUUGGCACAGAAUGUUCACACAAGUAACUUCUUCAUGAACGCAAUGCCCACACCUUUUUUUUUUUUUUGGGGUGUUUUUGUUUUUUGACUGAUGGUAUAAUGCAAAGUAGAGGUAAAUGAGCCAUGUUUACACGAG